AGAGGUUCUGAGAAGACAACAGCGAGUGACUGAGAGCAGGCUUCCGCUGCGGCGCACGAACACAACCGGGGCCACAACCCCCAGCGUCUCCACAACCCCCAGCGUCUCCACCCGCUCCUCGCCACCCCGGUGGGAAUGUGAGGAAGGAAAGCCCCCAGCGCCGCCACCCGCCCUGGAAGGCGUCCCAGAGAGCGUCCUGGGGGCCCGCGGCUGGAGCCCCCGUCCCCGCAGCACCGCGGGACUGGAGCGGCGAGGCGCACCGGGUGCCGCUUCUCGGCUCCCACUCUUCAGAAAGAGCGCGGUGGGGAUCAGCGCCUUCCCCGCACUCGGCACAACUCCGGGACCCGCGGCGUGCGGCUGGACCGAGUCCCGCUUCCCGCCAGCUCACUCGGAGUCGGGGGCAGCCCCUGCCCGCCCGCCUGCACCCCUUGUCGCUCUAGCUUGCCCGAACCUGCCGCCCCUCCACGCCCAGGUAGUGAGCCCCGCGGCUCCAGGUCUCUGCAGCGCCCUCGGCCCCAGGUCUCUGCAGCGCCCUCGGCCCCAUGGACAGGGCACCCGUCACCACUCCUUAAGUGCUGGCGCCGCCGCCGUCCAAGCUGCGCACUGAGGUUCCUCGGCUCGCCCCUCUCUGGGGUGUCCGAGAGCCCGGGGAGCGUGCACCAUGAAGUCCGUGCUGUUCACCCGCUUCUUUAUCCUCCUGCCCUGGAUCCUAAUUGUCAUCAUCAUGCUCGACGUGGACACGCGCAGGCCCGCGCCCCCGCUCACCCCGCGCCCCUACUUCUCUCCCUACGUGGUGGGCCGCGGGGGUGCCCGACUUCCGCUCCGCAGGGGCGGCCCGGCUCACUGGACCCAAAAGCGCAACCAGUCUCGGCCGCAGCCACAGCCGGAGCCGCAGCUGCCCACCAUCUAUGCCAUCACGCCCACCUACAGCCGCCCGGUGCAGAAAGCGGAGCUGACCCGCCUGGCCAACACGUUCCGCCAGGUGGCGCAGCUGCACUGGAUCCUGGUGGAGGACGCGGCGGCGCGCAGCGAGCUGGUGAGCCGCUUCCUGGCGCGGGCCGGGCUGCCCAGCACUCACCUGCACGUGCCCACGCCGCGGCGCUACAAGCGGCCCGGGCUGCCGCGCGCCACUGAGCAGCGCAACGCGGGCCUCGCCUGGCUGCGCCAGAGGCACCAGCACCAGCGCGCGCAGCCCGGCGUGCUCUUCUUCGCUGACGACGACAACACCUAUAGUCUGGAGCUCUUCCAUGAGAUGCGAACCACUCGCAAGGUCUCUGUCUGGCCUGUGGGCCUGGUUGGUGGGCGGCGCUAUGAACGUCCACUGGUGGAAAACGGCAAAGUUGUUGGCUGGUACACCGGCUGGAGAGCAGACAGGCCUUUUGCCAUCGACAUGGCAGGAUUUGCUGUAAGUCUUCAAGUCAUUUUGUCCAAUCCAAAAGCUGUAUUUAAGCGUCGUGGAUCCCAGCCAGGGAUGCAAGAAUCUGACUUUCUCAAACAGAUAACAACAGUCGAAGAACUGGAACCGAAAGCAAAUAACUGCACUAAGGUAUUCAUUACACUUGUGCUGCCCGACCUCGAGUGUCAGCAUGAAGAGUGCGCUACCCAAGCUAUUUCCUUCCCCUUUAGGUUCUCGUGUGGCACACUCGGACAGAGAAGGUUAAUCUAGCCAACGAGCCAAAGUACCACCUGGACACAGUGAAAAUUGAGGUAUAAAUUGAAGCAGCAACUGGUGCAGUUAGCCCAGCCAGUGGAUCCAUACGGAAGAGGAUGUUUGGAGUUUAGGCUGCAGAGCAUUCAGGUAUUGUUUGUUUUACUUCAGUACAACAGCCUUUCUUGUCAUCUGAUGGACAUCUGUUUAAAUGGAGCUUGUCAGUUAACAUAAGCUAAUUGGAUGGUUGGUACAAAAUGUAUGUUUUGUCUUCAUUUGUUCUGCAUGUUUUCUCUACAACUAAAUUGAAAGAUUUUUGUACAGUGCCGAUACUGCAAGAUACCACUCUGAGUAUAUUAUAUAUUUUUUCUUUUUCUCCAGUUUGCCCUUAUAAUUGGUAGACUUGAACAGGUUGGUAGACUUGAACAGGUUUUUAAAACAGACAAGUAUCUUGUCGGCUAAACGUUCCUGAUUCCUGACUCUGCAAUACUAAGUAAUUUUUGGAAGGUUAGUG